GUGUGUGUGUGUGUGUGUGUGUGAGUGAAUGAACACGGUCAGUAUUGGGGAGUACCAUGGGCUGCGGGUGGGCUCGUCCCUCCUCAGUAUCGUAUCCGGCUGCAUCAUCAUCGGUGUGUCUAAAGACUGUGACGCCGAUGCUGUAGGGGGGAUUUUCCUUGGAGCAGGGGGACUUGGUCUCCUGAUCUCCGUGUAUCCAUUUAUCAAAGCCUGGUUCAACAUCCAUCACAUUUUACCCAACAUCGGAAACUUCAGAGUCCAUCCAGUUGCUCCGACUCCGGCCCCUGAACAGCCCUCAGACUCUCUCAGAAGAGAAGGGACUCUGGGUCAGUUGGAGCUCUCCAAGAGCCGCAUGGGGACGUUUGUGGAGGGAGGAGCUGCAGCAGCCGAGAGCUCUCCGGAAGACGGACCUUCUACAGAUAUUCCAGAUAUUUUGGGCAGGCGUAAACCCAAACUCUCAGAGGUGGACCUUCCAUAAACACCUGAAGCUCAAACCAUUGACUGUGUAAAAGAAGAACAGAAA